AUGUUAAAAGGAGAAUUUAUAAAUAGUUGUAAUUCAGUAAAUGAUGUAAUAUAAAGGUGGAAAAUUAUUAAAUAAGAACCUUAAAUAACUUUAUGGAUUGAUUAUAAGAACUUACGAUUAUAGCUUUAAGUUCAACUACUUUAAAAUAUUGAUGAUGAUUAAAUGAAUUUUGAUUUUUAACAUAGAAACUAAGUUAUUAUUUAAUUCAUAUCUCAAUUCUAUAACUAAUGGCAAGUUAAAUUAGGAACACUAUUAAGCUUAAAUGAAUGUAGAGCAAUAGCAAAUAAUGGAAUACCUGUAAAGGGGGAUUCUCAUCUUUUACUAAUAGGUGAAUCUGAUACAGGUAAAUCUAGCAUUAUUAGAAAUGCAAAUAUAAUUAGUGAAAAAGGUCUAGGAACUACUUAAGCGGGUCUAACAUAAUCCUUUAUUAAGGAAGGAUCAGAUUGGAUCAUUGAAGCUGGUUAAUAUUGUAUAGGUGAAUUUAAUCUACUUAAUUAAUAAUCAUAAUAAGCUUUAGAAUUAUAAACUAUUAGUAGUAAUAAAGCAGGAAGCUCCAUGUAAUUCUAUUGA